AUGUCAUCACCACCAUCAAAUCAACAAAAUGAAGGUAGAAGGCGUUCUUCUUUUUAUAAUUCAUUCCAAGAAGUAUUAAAUGCAGGUGGUAAGAAUUCAAUAAACAAUUUUGCUUCAUCAUAUUCACGUUCUGCAAAUUUUCUUAAUGCUGAUUUUGAUUAUUCACAACGACCAUCAAAAUUAACCUUAGGUACAUCAGACGAUGCACAAUUAGAUGAAGAAUCUGCUUUGAUUGAUGAAGAUAGUCCAAGUACUUAUACCGGUGUCGAUGAUGAUCAUUUAGACCCUAACCAACCACUACAUCAACAUCAACAUAAUUAUGGAGCUAUAAUGGAUGAAGAAAACAUUAGUAUUAGAGAAGAGGUAUUGUUAAAGUCCGGUAAUAGUACAGCACCACAAACUAUAUUCAAUGGUAUAAAUACAUUAAUUGGUAUUGGUAUCUUGACAUUACCUUUAGGUUUACAUUAUGCUGGAUGGAUAUUAGGCUCAAUCAUCUUGUUAAGUUGUGCAAUUUCUUCACAAAUUACUGCUAAAAUUUUAUCUGAAUGUUUGAAAAAAAAUCCAAAAAUGAAAACUUAUGGUGAUAUUGCACAGUAUUCAUAUGGUAGAAUUGCUUAUCUAGUUGUUGUAUCAACUUUCACAAUUGAUUUAUUAUUUGCUGGUAUUUCAAUGAUUAUUUUAUUUGCAGAUUCAUUUAAUGUCUUAACUGGUAUUAAAACUGUUUAUUUUAAAAUUUUAAUUUCCAUUAUGUUUUUCCUAUUAAGUUUUGUUAACUUAAGUAUAUUAUCAUCAUUAAGUCUUGUUGGUAUUAUAUGUACUUCAUUAAUUGUUUGUGUUGUUUUCUUUUGUGGAUUUAUCAAAGCUCAUGCACCAGGUUCAUUAUUAGAAAUUUCAUCAACUUCAUUAUGGCCAAUGGAUUUAAAACAUUUAUUAUUAAGUUUAGGUAUAUUCAUGUCACCAUUUGGUGGACAUGCAAUUUUCCCAGAAUUAUAUAAAGAUAUGAAAUCACCACAAAAAUAUAAAAAAUCAUGUAAUGUUAUAUUUUCAUUUACUUGGUUUGUUGAUUAUGUUAUGGCAAGUUUAGGUUAUUUAAUGUUUGGUCAAAUAAUUACAGAUCAAGUUACUAAAUCAAUCAUGCUUACUGAAGGUUAUCCAAAAUGGAUUGGACUUGUUAUUUGUACAUUAAUGGGAUUAUUACCAAUUUCAAAAGGUCCAUUAAUUACACGUCCAAUUAUCACAAUGACUGAUCAGUUAACUUUAGAUUUAUCAUUACACCCAAAGAAAUCAAAUCAUGAAUUUGUCAUUAAAUUUAUUAAUCGUUUUGUUGUUACAUUGAUUUUCCUAAUCACUUCUUUAAUUUUCACAGAUUUUGGUAGAAUUAUGUCAUUUUUAGGUAGUGCAAUUUGUUUUUCAAUUUGUAUUAUUUAUCCAUUAGCAUUUUAUUUGAAAUUAUAUCAUGAUGAACUUUCAAAUUUACAGAAAACAAUUUCAUAUAUUGGUAUAAUCAUUGCCUUGAUAUUUGCAGUCUCUGGUACAAUUGCUGUUGUUUUUGCCUAA